CCCUUGUCGAUCAGUUCACCUUUGAACUCGUGGUAGUCUUUGUUCAAAGCUUGGCCUUGGCCCAUCACGACGACAAAUCACUUGGCACUCAGGAGCAAGGGAUAGAGGUUCUGAAGCACCUGGAGAGGAUCAUGCGAGUGAAAGCAGCGUUACUCAACAAAGAGAGCAAGAACAGAAGGGUUCCAAGGGGACUACCGGAGGAUUGUAACCCUACCCUGAGUCAUGUGGUGAUGUGGCUGAUGACACAGUGUGGACGUCCUCAGACAGAGUGUAGACAUCAGUGUAUGGUCCUCGUAUACCAGUUGACAUCCCUCUUACCAGGGCGAAACACCCCAGCCACAUGGAUGGCAAACACGGUCAAAGAGAGGGGUGCUGAGUAUUUCGUUGCAAGGUUUGAGGGAGGUGGUCAUAAGAGCGGCAUUCAGAAACAUCCCCUAUCAGCCUAUAAAGACGAUCAGUUUACUGUGAAGGCGACCAUCCUCUGGCUUGAGUACCUGUUAGCUGCGCUGGACAGCUACGUCUGGGUCUUGAAUGAAAGACUACUCACGCCAACAGAUAUCUUCAGAUCCCCAAAAGAAGGAAAGAGGAGCAACCUCUUCAAGUCCAUUGACGUCUUCCUGGUGAUGGCCCAGUGCCAUCUGCAUAAAACGGCCAAGCACUCGGGUUCCACGGAAGCGGGCUUUUCCCCCAGGGAAGAAGAAGACUACGAUCGAUCCAAAUGUACGGUCCUCAUCCGUCUCUUUGAUUUCAUGAGUGCCAUGCUUGGGGGCUAUUCCAAGGAAGCACUAGAGAUUAUCCCCUCCAAGCUGUGGACUGGUCGAUUUGCCGAGGUCCUGUGUAGUUGUGUGCUGAAGCCAACUUCCCUGGGUUUCAACAUGGCCGACACUGUCAUCAUGAACAACCUCCCUCACACUAUGAAUCAGACCCUUGGUGUAUUGUACAACAGGCUACCUACAAACCUACUGAAGGAGCUUCAGACUGUCAUUCAUAAAAGGAUUACUGCUAGCAGGGAUGAGGAUCUAUUCUCCCUUCUUCCGACAUUGUUCAGUGAUGAGAAUGAACUUGGCUUGGAUCACGUUCAGCUUCAGCAUAUCGUUCUGGGAUACAAACAGCUACAGAAGGCCAAACUGCUCACCAGACAGACAAUGAACCAGGCUUCGUCCAUCUUGGACUGCGUGAUGCGUGGACUGGUGAGGAGAGGCGAGAACGGACAGGAAGCUAGGAAAAUUACCCCCUCGGAGAUUGACCUAGGUCAAAGCCUACUGGAGCUAGCAUUCCAACUUGGGGUACAGACAAACAGUUUGAUUGACUGCAUGUUGGAUAGUACCCCCAUCGUCGGCAGUUCAUCGCGGUCUGUGACUUCGAGGUUGUCUGCCUCGCAGACCAGUCUGGGCAUCCUGUUCCUGACCACCUACAAGCAGCCUAUCAUGGACCAGCUGGUCAAGCACGGACAGGACACGGUGUACCAGCUGAGUGAUCGGGUGCGAGAAGAUAAGCAGAGCAUCGGCAUGAUCGUCUACGGCUUGCUGGAACAUGCUGUGGGCAGCAGGGAUAUCAGAAAAAGAUAUGGGAUGGCCAUCUACAGUGCUGUUCUGACCCAGUGGGAUACUCUCUCAAACCUUGGUGAAGACGAUGAUUUUGUUCUGAACCUUAUCAAGAAAGUUCUUCAGAUUGAUUUCAAGUUUGCCAAGGAUUCCACCCACCCUGCAUACCGUCCUGUGUUCAACCAGUACCUGGGCAUGCUACGGGACACCAAGAAAUCUCUUGCCUGGAAAACCCAAGUCCUCGAUGUCCUCUACUUCUUUGCCAGUGUACCAGAGAAGGAAGAAAAGGAACUCAAAUCUGCUCUUGACCUUCUUGUGGCAAACCACUUUCCUCUCAAGUCUACAGACCUUGAUGUUGGAAGCCCUAGCUACAAUGACUACAUCAUGGCUCUCAACAAGAUUCUUACAUCCCUUGUGAUGAGCCAAAGCCUGAUGCUUCUUGAGCUAAUCAUCAGCAUCCUCUGCCGAGACGAGAAGCACAGUUACGAAGACAAGAUACAGGGCGCCCUCUCGUCAUUUGCCAAGCGCCUUCCCCCUGAGAAGCAGUCUGCCGCUGCCAACAUCCCGUUUGAGAUCUUCAAGCAAGACAGGCGCUACUCCAAGGAGAUUCGUAAAGCCGCCAUCCAACGGGUCUGCAUCCCGCUCCUCAGGCAGGCCUCUCGAGAUGCCAUGGUGGCCUUUUACAAAGGUCACAUCCAUGAUCUGGUGUCUCUGCUAGAAGCUAGGCUCACCAAGAACCCUGUGCAAGCGUUUGAGAACCAACUCGUGUCCAAGAUCUGUUACUUUGAGCUGAUUGAAGUGCUUUACUCCAGGCUGAACAGGGAUGAUCUCCACACAAAGGACUCGGCUCUCAACCGAGAAUAUUGCCACGGCAAGGUCGAGAAGGGCAAUGAAAUGUCGACUGCAUUGACGAAGGCAUCACUUGGAGCUCGCAAUGAGGAUUGCCGUGGGGAAACGAUUGCCGUGGAGCUGAGACGCCAGUUUCACUGCGCUGCAUUCAACUGCUGUGCUGCCAUCAUCAGUUGCGUUCAGGAUAACGUCAAAUUCUUCAAUGCAUUCAUCUUCAGUGAGAAUUUGUCUAAGGGCCAGUUCCUGUUGGACAACCUAGUGGACCCCAAGAAGGAGUACAACUUUGCCAUUGAGGCUGAUGCCCCUGUGGAACGCAAGAAGAGGUUUGUGGCCAUCCGCAGCCAAGCGAGGGAGGCAAACGCACCCGAGGAAUCCGGAUAUGUUUCAGGCCCCGCCCACUACCUGUCAUCCCAGUAUCUAUCCGACAGCAGCCUGAGCGAAGACGUGAAUCAGUUUGACUUCUCGAGCAGCAUCAGGCAUUUCAGCGGCUCUGUGGAGAGUCAGAGGGAUGUGGCAGGGGGUAGUCAGGGAAGCCAGGGUAGCCAGCGGUUGGGACCCAUGGUCGGGAGGCAGGACUCUAAGGCAGUCUUCUCACCCGGAGGAGAGUAUCUAGAGAUGGAGGAGGAUGCGCUCAACCAACAUGAAUGCAUGGCUGCUAUGACAGGCGUACUCAAACACAUGACAACAAACAAGAUCAACCCAGACAUAACGAAGGCAACCAGAGCUGAAGAAAUGCCAACUUGGAUGUCGGAUCUGCAGAAGAAGCUAUCUUCCCCAUCCACAGAAUAUAACAUCAAACUCUUCAUCAUCAGACUAAUCAUCAAUACCCAAGAUGUGUUCCAGCCUUAUGCCAAGUUUUGGCUGACGCCAUUGAUGCAGUUCCUAGCCACCGCCAGAGUUCAGCGAGAUGGAAUGAAUUACAUGGUCAUGGACAUCAUGUUGGUCAUGCUAGACUGGUCCACCAUAGCUGUCCCAGAGGACGGCCGUUUGGCGAGUGGAGUGCUAAGAUUCCUUAUGGAGAAUAGCUACCACGAAAGGAAGUCUGUCAUGAAGAACAACCUAGAGGUCAUCAAGACAUUGGUAGAAUGCUGGAAAGGUGUCAUCACUGUACCUACCAGAGUAAUCUAUGAAAAGCUUCAGGACCGAUCCCCAGACAAGAAGGACAGCGCUGUCGGUAUUCAUCUUCUUGCGGUAAUCCUGGCCAAUAAACUUCAGCCUCUUAGUCCCACGUGUGAUGUGGAUCCCGACAGGUUUUACUCUGCACUGGCAUCCAACAUUGACAACAAGUACAAGGCAGUUCACGGGGCAGCAGCAGAGGUCAUCGGCAUGGCGAUGAAACAGAUGGCCGAGACUGAUCAGAUCGCUGAUGGUCAUCUUCAUGAAGUAACCUACAAACAGCUCCAUCAGCUCCAGGUAGGCUCUGGGAAAGAGGUCAUCUUCAUCACAUGUCUGCAUAAGAUACAUCUCAAUUACCCAGUCUUCACCGAUAGAUUCAUGAACAAGCUUCUGUUCAUGUUACCUUCAAUCCAUGGUCAACCGAAGACGGAAUGUCUUCAGAUCAUCACAGCCAGGAUAGAGCACAUCGACAACGCUUUCAUCGAGAUGAAGAAUAAGAACAUCCUCGCUCUUCUGACACACAAAGAUGAAGCUGAUCAGUUGACAAGUCUCAAGUUGGUCGAUGGGAUGCUUCCCAAGCUUCAGCCGUCGGAGCUUCUCCACCUCCUUCCCGCCGUCAAGGGCUUUGUCUCUCAUCCCAGCCCUACCUGCCGAGAUGCGAUGUAUUCCAUUCUCAUGUGGAUCUACGAUAACUACAGGGAAGAGGAUAGGAGAGACGGUGAGGAUGCUGAUAAGGCGCUAUCUAUUGCUAAGGAUACCCUCCUGCAAGGCCUUUCUGAUCAGGAAAACUACCUGCGAUUGAGAGUGAGUAAUUUCUGGAGCCACGAAACCCGUCUCCCUAAGGAGACUCUAGGUCGGCUCAUCGCCAUGUUGAGAUGCAUGUACUCCCCUUCCACUGAGAAUCGUUACCUUGGUUACGCCACCAACCUACUGCUAGAGAUGACUUCUAAAAGCCCCGACUUCAAGAGAGAAAUCUUUGAGCAUCCUUUAUCUGCCUGCAAGUUUGAGGAAGUGCAGAUCGACCACUCCUGGCGACAGCGCCAUGCUGCGAUAUCCACCCCUAAGUUCGUGGAGACGCAGGUGGGUCAGUCCCAGGGGAGUAUGAGGGGAUCCCCCUCGUCGCAGAGUAUGGGCAUGGGAGGAGGGCAGCUCAGGGCCACUCAGGCUACUCAACAAUUUGCCCCAACUCAAGAGAAUGCUGCUGCCAGCCGCAAGAACGCCUACAACUGGUUGACGGGAAGCCAGGACACGUUUGCUGAUUAUUCUUCAUCAUCUUCAUCGGCGAGCGAGUCUUCCUUGCUCUUCACGAUGGGGUCUCUACCGAAGAGAACUGAUGCCUUCAAGAGUAGCAAGCAGGACACCGGAGCUGGUGGAAGCAGAGGCAACGACACCAGGAAAGCCCCCUCUGAAGGCGAGAAGGAGGUCCAGCGCCUCAAGAGACGAUUCUUAAAAGAUCAGUCAUCUCAGAGUGCAUUCUUUGCUAAACGAGCGACCAGACAAAAACAACUCAGAGAGGAAGUACAGAGGAGCCAGAGGGAGCGUAGGUUUGCCCAAGUAACGAUGUAUCGUCAGUAUAGAAGUGGAGACCUACCGGACAUCCAGAUCAAACACUCUGACAUCAUAGCACCCCUGCAGGCGUUAGCUCUGAGAGAUUCCACACUAUCACGGUUGCUGUUUUGCGCCCUCUUUAGGGGAAUCUUUGCCAGGAUUGGAGAUGACUGCACAGAGAGAGAGGCGGGGCUUCAUGUGAAAGAGAUUGAAACUCACCUAAACCAGAUGCUGAAUGAGUCAAACCAGUUUGAUCCAGCUUUCAUCAGCUGUAUUCUGGAGAUUGGUUUCUACCACAGUAAGCAGUUGACCCUUGACCCAGCGGCUAUCAGCCAAUCAAGUCUGACCAGCCGUCAGCUGCUAAUUGGUAUCCGAGUCUUGGAGGAGGUGUUGAUAAAGAAGAGCUGGGACGACGAGAGGAGCAGGAAGAGAGCAAGGACGUCCAGACCGGAGCAGAGCCAGGAGAUGAAAAACUGGAUUGAACUAGCAAGGCUGUACAAGGCGAUGGGCGAAUUCGAUGUCCUACGAGGAAUAUUCGGCUCCCUCAUUGAGACAAAGGAUGUGACUCACAAAGCGAUCCAAGCCGAGUCAAGGGGAGACUAUGAGAAAGCACUCAAACUCUACUCAGAGGCAAUAUCGUCUGAGUCAAGCCAAGAUGUUACUCAGGAGGAGGAGGACUUCUGGGACGAGGCUCGGCUUCAGUGUUGCAACCAGUUGACAAAGUGGGACAACAUGGAAGCCUUCUCAACUGAUCAGAGUGAAGGAAAAGAAACAAAUGAUUUCUCUGACUUAUGGAACGACUCUUACAAACAGGAGAUCUACUUGCCCUGCAUGAUAAGAUCCAAACUCAAGAUGUUACUGGAAGGUUCGGAUGAUGACAGUCUUACGACGUUCAUUGAUUCAUCAGCCAAGAACCAAGAGAGAAGAGCUAUUCUAGAGUCCCGAUACACUGAGGAAUUAGCUGCCUUGUCGAUGUUGAAAGAAGACUACAACCGAGCGAAGUACUACUUGGCAAACUGCACAAGUUCAUUCCUUCAGGAAUGGUCUGGCCUGGGACCUCUGAUGCUUUCAAGCCGACUGUCCAAGCUCCAAGACAUCCAGAAGCUGACCGAAGCAGAACAGUUCCUGCAACUUGCCAACAAACCAUUUUCAGAGGGAUUGAAAUCUUCCGCCAUCAGACUUUUAUCGGACUGGUCUAGGAACCUCCCAGAUCCAAAGAGAGAUCCUAUCAGUGUGUGGGAUGAUGUCACUCAAUACAGAUGUCUCUACAUGGACAAGCUGUGCAACAUCCUGGGCGAUUCUCCAGACGGUGGAGGCGACACCAUGGAGACGACGGGGGAUGGAAAGUUUGAUGACCUCGUGAGAAGGGAAAAGGUUCUCCUGUCAAUGAAGAUGGCCGACAGUGCUUGCCAACAGUCCAACUUCUUUGUUGCAACUAAACAUCUCAAAUCAAGUCAUCGAGACCUUGCUGAUUUCGAAGAUCUGAAACCCGCCUGGACUCACAGCUAUGUAUCUAUGAUACAGAGAAAGGCUCUUCUUCUUGAGCCUUAUGAAAGGAUCACCUCUCUUCUCAAGACGCUGGAGCAGCUCGGCAAGCUACCAGAAUCUCAGGGGUUGAGUGGCGAUCUGGUCCUGCUGUGCGACCAUCGUAUCCUCACCAGUAACACCUACCAGUCUAUGGCUACAGCGCUGCAAGAUGGAAAAGGAGAAAUCCUAAAAAGAUUAAGCGAUGAGGGGAAGUUGGAUAAGCUUCUUGCUGCAGCUGAAUGUCAAGAGAAAAGGCAUGAGAAGGUGUGUCAGAGCCUAUUCAAGAAGAGCAAGAAAUUCCUUGACGAAGCUGUAGGUACCAUCAAAAAAGAUCCCGAUUCCAACUCAUCGUCCCACCUCCCGUCAUCAAUGGAGAGGGAGAGCAUGGCCAAGGCUCACAUGACUCUCGUCAGCUUCUCGGAUCAGUUGCUACGGCAAAAAGAAAGCGAAAACUGCAAUCCUGAUUGCUUGCCCUCGUUGGAAACCUACCCUACAACCUUGGUGAUAUCGACUCUUCAGGCUAUGAAACUCAGCUCCACCAAGGCAAGACAGCACUUCCCGAGGCUGCUCCAGAUAGUAGAGCAACAUCCUGAUACCAUUGAAACUCUCAUCAAAGAGGCUAGCAGCAUACCAAGCUGGAUGUUCAUUGGAUGGAUUAGCCAGAUGGUGGCUCUUCUUGACAAGCCAGAAUCUUUAGCCGUCCAAGAAAUCCUGAAAACUAUCGCUGAGGAUUACCCUCAGGCUCUAGUCUACCCAUUCAAGAUCAGCAGUGAAGAUUUCAAGCUUGGUGAUGGAUCACCAGAGGAGAGACAGAGGAAGGAUGCUGUCAAGGAGAUUGACAACAUCCUAUCCAAGGUUUCUCUGGUAGACAAUCUCACAUUGGCUCUUCAAAGACUUACACAUCCUGGAUUCCUCUUCAAGGAUUGGGUGGAAGGCAUCAAGCCUUUGAUGGACAAAAGGACGCGCAAUCCAUCGGCCAUCAAGAGAGAAUACCAGAAGCUCUACCAGCAGCUGUUUGAGUCUGGAGGAAGGCGAGGCGAACCGUCAAGCUCUAAUCAAACGGUGGAAGCUGGACCGUACUGGAAGAAAGUGGGAAGGGAAUAUCAGAAGAGGUUUGAUUCAGAUUUUGGUAAAGAUGGGAGUAAACUUGCAUCAAUGGACUACAAGACUUUUGUGGCUGUGAAGCAGAAGAUUUACGAGAAGAUGAACCCUGGGAAAGAUGAUCCUGGUAACCUCAAAGAGUACUCACCGUGGUUCACUGCCUUCCAAUCUCUACAGGGAGAUGAGCUGGAAAUACCGGGUCAGUAUGAUGGGAGCAAGAAGCCCCUCCCAGCCUACCACGUCAAGAUCGCAGGCUUCGAGGAGACGGUGAUAACACUGCCCUCCAUACGCAAGCCGAAAUGCAUCAAAAUCCGCGGCGACGACGAGACGGACUACCCUUUCCUGGUGAAGGUUGGUGAGGACCUGAGGAUGGAUCAAAGGAUUGAACAACUCUACUGCAUCAUGAAUGGUAUCUUGGCGCAGGAUGCAGCGUGCAGCCAACGAGGGCUCACUCUGAAAACCUAUCAGGUCAUUCCCAUGACUUCAAGACUUGGUAUUUUAGAAUGGGUGAAGAAUACAACGACACUCAAAGAUUUCAUCACCCGGUCCAUGACUGAAACCGAGCGCAAUGCCUACAGGAGUGCAGCUGGUCCAUUAACUAUGUUUGCUCAGUGGGUAAGGAAAUUCAGCAAUGAUCGGAAUCCAAAUGCAAUGCAACAGUAUGCUGCUGCAUUCCGGAGUGCUAACGAGACAGAAACUGUAAAGGCUUUCAGAGAAAGAGAAGCAAAAGUACCAUGGGACCUCCUUAGACGAGGCUUUAUGGAGCUGAGUGCCUCCCCUGAAGCAUUCCUAACCUUGAGGGCGCACUUCGCUCGUUCGCACACUGUCCUGUGUAUCUGUCAGUACAUCCUUGGUAUUGGCGAUCGUCAUCUUUCCAACUUUCUGAUCAGCUUAGAAACUGGGGGGAUGGUAGGCAUUGACUUUGGACAUUCCUUUGGCUCAGCCACUCAGUUCUUGCCAAUCCCCGAGCUAGUCCCAUUCCGCCUGACCAGACAGAUCGUGAACCUCAUGCUUCCUAUGAAGAUAGAGGGCGUCCUACAGAGUUCAAUGGUUCAUACGUUGAGGGCACUUCGACAAGACCACGAGCUCUUACUGAACACCAUGGAUGUGUUCAUAAAAGAGCCCUCUCUGGACUGGAAGGGUUUUGCUGAUAAGCAGGCGAAUACACUAAAGAUGUCGGAAGAAGAUCGUAAUGAUGAAUCCUGGUACCCUAAAGAGAAGAUCAAUUUGGCAAAGAUGAAACUGCAAGGAGCGAACCCAACAUUCAUUACAAAGGAAGAGCUCAAGAUGGGCCACUCAAAGACCCCUAAAGUGUUGAUGGCUUUGACAGCUAUAUGCAGAGGAACAAGAGAUCACAAGAGAGCCCUGUGUGAUACCAAAGGACUUCGGGUUGAAGAUCAAGUCGCUUGUCUGAUUGACCAGGCAACUGACCCUCAUAUCCUAGGCAUAACCUGGCAGGGAUGGGAACCAUGGGUCUAGGUCUGUUGGUCAGUCAUGAUGGACUCUAAAGAUAAGGGUUGAGGAUCAAGUUGCUUGUCUGAUUGACCAGGCAACUGACCCUCAUAUCCUGGGCAAAACCUGGCAGGGAUGGGAACCAUGGGUCGAGGUCUGUUGGUUAGUCAUGAUGGACUUAAAAGAUAAGAACCAAGGGUUGAGGAUCAAGUUGCUUGUCUGAUUGACCAGGCAACUGACCCUCAUAUCCUAGGCAAAACCUGGCAGGGUUGGGAACCAUGGACCUAGGUCUCUUGCUUGUUCAUAUAUGAAGAUAUUAUAAGUAGUGGAACUAGAGAGCUACCAAAUGUCUAGGGGUUGAGGAUCAAGUCGCUUGUCUGAUUCACCAGUUAGCUAACCUUCAUAUCCUUGGCAAAACCUGGCAGGGAUGGAAACCAUGGAUCCAGCUUGCAAUAGAUUACAAGUCAAUUCUUGGUCCACAAAUUAUUAUAAGUCCGGUGAUUAACACAAAUUGGCAAUUGAUUGGUGAUCAGCCUCUUGCAAUAGCAGAGUAUUGACCGACUUGCUGUAUUUGAUCUAUUAAUUAUAAUUUUGCAAGUAGCUGACAUGUGUACAGUCUUUCAAGUUUCAUUUUAAGAUUGUGAUAAUAAAUAGCAAGGCACAUUUAGGCCUUGUCUUCCAGCAAGAAUGCCACUUUUAAAGUGCAGUGCAUCUUUUCAGAGCGGCUUUUCUGCAUCCCCAUUGUUUUGUCUGAAAUCAAAUCUAUGUGUGUCCAGCUUCAAUUACUUCUGCAUUCUUAGUUUGAUUCAUGAGCCAUGAUGAUUUCAGAGUUUUGUGCCCUUUGGUGCAAUGUUCUAACCAGAGUUGAUCACUUCAGGAAAAUCCCACAUAUAGGGUAGCAUUUAAUGAAACAAUCUGUCAGUGAUAGUAAUUGUUCUGAGCCAAUCAUGGCCCUAUCUUACAAAGAGUUGCAAUUGAUCGGAUCAAUCACAAUUAUGAACGGCCAGCAACGUCAACAUCUAAGAUGCAUAUUUGUUCAAAAUAUUUUCCAAAUAUGAUGUAUAUUCAUACAUACAUCAUUCUUGUGAAGAUUCAGUGUGAUUCUGUUUGUUUACCAAUGAGGUUGUGCAAAUUUCCUGUAGAAAAAAUUAUGACAUUGAUGGAUUUCCAUAUACUUGAGGUUGAUUGGAUCAAUCGUAACUCUUUGUGAGACGGGGCCCAGAUGUAAUGAUUUCAGUAGCUUUAUACAUCUGUUUCAUGAAAUGCUCCCCAUAUGUUCAUACUUUUCAGUAUCUUUAUGAAUGAGGAUAAAGAUAUGAAUUAAUAUGACCACCAAAUAUAUCAACUUCAAUACAUAUUUUUGCAUUUUGUGAAAUUGCUUUGCUCUUUCAUGUUGUGCCUAUAUUUUAUCAGAUAGUUUUCACAUUUGAGCCUCUUUAAACCUUUUGUAACUUUUUUGCAACUGGUGUAAAUAUAGUGAUAAACAUGUUUGUUCAUUCCUAAAUUAGUAGUGGUACUUGCAAUGUAGAAAAUUAGAGUCAAACUCUAUAAAGAGAUCUAGGAGUUAUGUAUUUCUUUGUUUGUCUUGUAUUGUUUUCAACAGUAAUGAUUCUUUGAAGAAAAAUAAUGCACAGAUUAGAGCUUCAUUUUUUUUUUUUACUUCUGAGGUGUGAGUAAUUUUACGGAGAUUUGCUAAAGAAGAUUGAGAUGAGAUUGGGCAACUUUCCUUGGAAGUGACUUCUUCACGUUAUACUUAUGAUCAUGAACAUCCAUGAAUGAGGCAAAGCAAACUUUUCUCGCUUCAUGCUAGUUUCUAAAAUCAAGCUUUUGAAACUUCUCAAGUGAAACACCCUUUGUACCUCUGAAUCACACGAUUCUGUAAUUAAAUUGCACCUGCAUCCAGAUUAUCGUUUCAGAUAUGUGCCAAAUUUAAAAUGCAAGAAAGCUUAGUUUUUUACUUAAAGGUCCUAUGACCCCAAAACCAUCUUAUUUUGGAUAUACGGUAUAUCUAUUCUUGGGUAGUUUUACUUGAAAAAUACGAAUUUGACAUCUGUUUCUGUGUACGACGAACCAGUGUUGAGUUAUUCCAUGGAAAUGAACUUCAACGGGAACGCCUUCUAAAAUUUUCGAAAAAGUCGGCCAAUCGACCCGUCAAUCAUCGAAAGAAAGCUUUCUCAGCUGUGCAGCCGGACCCCUAGUUAUUGCACAUGUGAAACCACAUGUGCAACCACAAUAAGCACUUCACGCACCAAACGUCAGCAACACUCGGCAGAUUCUUCCCCUGACGUCAUAAUUGUCACGUGAUAUACGAAACCAAAUCGGGCUGAAUUUUUUGUGGGCGUGGCGGAUUUGGCUCAAUUUUCAAUAUAAAACUGCCUUUGAACCUGAUGUGGGAUGUUUUUCGGGUAAAAUUUUGAUGGAAUCGUUAUUAGUAACCACUAAGCUAACGAAUAAAUCAGCAUCUUUGCUGUAUUUCAUAGGACCUUUAAUCUUCUUGCUCUCUUUAUUUUUAAUACCAAUUUUUGUUGUUUGAUUCCAUUCCAUGUGUAUUGUACAAAAAAUAUUUUCAUGUGUUGUCUGUAGUACAACUUAAAGCUAAAGCUAUUCAUGUCUACAUGUAUAUACAGUUAACUCUGCAUAAAUAAAUUGCACAAGUCAGAUUUGAAUAUCGGGGGGGGGGGGGGGGUAGCCAAUACACCAUAUACUUAUAUAAUAUGUACAGGUCAAGUUUGCAUGUACAAGUUUAAACUUAGUGAUUUAGACAGGGUUAAUUGUACAUACUCUGUUCUGCCUUUCAUUCCUGCUUAGCAACUAGCAAGAUGCAGUUACUUCCAAGAAGAACUCUAAUAAUAUUAGAUAUGUUUUUGUUACUACAAUGACUUUCAUGUAUGCAAUAAUACUUUUCACAAUAAAAUAUAGAAAUAGAAAGCA